UUGCAAGCGUUAUGCCUAUCCCCGGCGGAGUAGCUGAUCCCGCAGCGACGAGCUGCUCACCCCUUUCCUUCCCUCUUCUUAUCCUCCUCGCCUUCCUCUGGCGCUCCGAGGCGAAUCCACGCUGCUCCUCUCGGCACACACGCAUUGGGGAAACGCCCCACUGCGAGUCUCGCUCUCUUCUCGGUUCCCGAGUUACACCCGACGGAGGUCUCAGCUUCACCCAUUCCCAUUCCUCCCUCGCUUUUCCCAACAGAAAAGGAAUAGCCGAAAGGACUCUUGUCUCGAAUUGUUGAUGUGAAACCCUAGCGGUCUUGGCGGUGUUCGAUCGCUUUCUGGGAGGAAAGAGAUCGGAUCGGAGGUCGGGAUGGGCAACUGCUGCCUGUCGCCGGAGGCCGUGGUCCGGGAGGAUGUCAAUACCCACUUCACCGUAGCCCACCACGACCACGGCGGCUCCACCGGCAAGAACCACCACCACCACAACGGGGGCGGCGGCCACUCCAAGCGGAUGAUGGUGCUGAGCAGCGACGCCAGGUCGGUGGGCGGGAUCGAGGAGAAGUACGUGCUCGACCGGGAGCUCGGCCGUGGGGAGUUCGGCGUCACCUACCUCUGCAUGGACCGCGACACCAACGAGCUCUUCGCGUGCAAGUCGAUCUCGAAGCGGAAGCUGCGGACGGCGGUGGACGUGGAGGAUGUGCGACGCGAGGUGGCGAUAAUGCGGCACCUGCCGAAGAGCCCUAGCAUCGUGAGCCUGAGGGAGGCGCGCGAGGACGACGGCGCGGUGCAUUUGGUGAUGGAGCUGUGCGAGGGCGGGGAGCUUUUCGACCGCAUUGUGGCCAGGGGUCACUACUCGGAGCGUGCGGCGGCCGUCGUCGUGAGGACCAUCGUCGAGGUUGUGCAGCAGUGUCAUAGGCAUGGGGUAAUCCACCGUGACCUCAAGCCAGAGAACUUUUUGUUCGCAAACAAGAAGGAGAACUCGCCGUUGAAGGCGAUUGACUUCGGGUUGUCGAUAUUCUUCAAGCCUGGGGAAAGGUUUUCUGAGAUUGUUGGAAGCCCAUAUUACAUGGCUCCUGAAGUACUAAAACGUAAUUAUGGCCCAGAAAUUGAUAUUUGGAGUGCUGGAGUUAUUCUCUACAUCCUACUGUGCGGGGUUCCCCCAUUUUGGGCUGAAACCGAACAGGGAGUUGCACAAGCCAUUCUUAGGGGGAUUAUAGAUUUCAAACGCGAACCAUGGCCUUGCAUCUCAGAAGGUGCUAAGAAAUUGGUCCGGCAGAUGUUGGAACCUGACCCCAAGCUUCGUUUAACUGCAAAGCAAGUUCUUGAGCAUCCUUGGCUUCAGAAUGCAAAGAAAGCUCCAAAUGUACCCCUUGGUGAUGUUGUCAAGUCAAGACUCAAACAGUUUUCAAGGAUGAAUAGAUUCAAAAGAAGAGCUUUGAGGGUUAUUGCUGAUCACUUGUCUACUGAAGAAGUUGAAGAUAUUAAAGAGAUGUUCAGGAUGAUGGACACCGAUAAUGACGGCAUUGUUUCUCACGAUGAACUUAAAGCUGGGCUUGCUAAGUUUGGUUCACACCUUGUGGAGUCUGAAGUGCAGAUGCUUAUUGAAGCUGUUGACACCAAUGGGAAAGGUACGCUGGAUUAUGGAGAAUUCGUAGCUGUAUCUCUUCAUUUACAAAGAAUGGCGAACGACGAGCAUCUCAGAAGGGCCUUCUCCUAUUUUGACAAAGAUGGGAAUGGCUUCAUUGAACCCGAGGAGCUUCGUGAGGCCUUAGCCGAAGAUGGAGCUCCUGAUAGCACGGAUGUGGCAGAUGAUAUCUUAAAAGAAGUUGACAGCGACAAGGACGGGCGAAUCAGCUAUGACGAAUUUGUCGCAAUGAUGAAGACUGGGACAGAUUGGAGGAAGGCUUCACGGCACUACUCCAGAGGAAGAUUCAACAGUCUGAGUGUCCGACUAAUGAAGGAUGGGUCCUUAAACUCAAGUAAAAAUUGAACUAAUUGCCAGAGUUAUUGCUUAUCCGAACAAUCCUGAUGAUUUAGGAUCAGCUCCAGGUCGACCCUCAGAUUUCGACCAUCACGAUAGGCGAUCAAUGUUGCAUGGUUGCCGUGCCACUGUCUCAUACAACAUGUUGUAUUUGCUGUCACAUAAUGUACCAGAAUGGGUUUUAGGAUUAGGGGGAUUAGUUCAUCUAGUGCUGCAAGAGAGAUUUAUCUUUUGAAGGAAAUGGACAUGAUGACUAGGGAAAACUGUCAGCUGGAAGAACAGAACAUCCAAUGUUAUUUAUCAUGAUUACAAGCUUA